CAAGGACUAGGCUAAUGAACAUAUCGCAGUAGCGUUUACCCACGUGAUGAACGCGGAACAAGUGAAAUCGAAAGUAAAUCUCAAGGGACCGCUGUUCGGGCAAGAACAUUUUGGACGUUUUGUGAAGGCCAAGGCUACUUCCUCUGUCAGUGGUUCUCUGAUCUAUCAACAUGUCUGCUAGUGUUGGAGCAGAAAUGGAUCCACAGAUCUGAUUGGUCCACAUAGCUGCUAAAAAAUGGAUGUCCCUCAAGAGGGAGAGGAUGCUGUUGGUGGAGAUCAGACAGGCAGAGCAGCAUGUGCCGUGUUCAGCCACGUGUCCCUGAAGAAUGAGGAGCCCGUUACUGAUGGGCAUCAGGGGGUCAGCACAGGAAGAGUGCUGUCUUAUCCAAGACAACAGACACACAGACCAAUGUCUCCAGUGCCCAGCUGUGUGUCUAUGAAGAGUGACUGGUCCAUGGAUCACCCUAACAGUUUCAGCAGUGGACCACCACAGUCUGAUAAAAAACCACAGACACACAGAGCAGUAUCUCCAGUGCCCAGCUGUGUGUCCAUGAAGAGUGAAUGGUCCAUGGAUCACCCUAACAGUUUCAGCAGUGGACCACCACAGCCUGAUCCAAAAUGAGAUUUGUGUGUGUGUGUGUGUGUGUGUGUGUGUGUGUGUGUGUGUGUGUGUGUGUGUGUGUGUGUGUGUGUGUGUGUGUGUGUGUGUGUGCCUGUCUGUAUCUGUCACUGAGUUUGUGUGUUUGAAAGAGAGGGUAUGUAAGCAUGCUUAUUUUUGGUCGUACACUCUUAGAAAAAAGGGUGCUUGUGGGUGCUAUAUAGAACCAUGGGGGUUCUUUGCCAAGGAAAUAGAACCUCUUGACUGGAAAAGGUGCUAUUUCAUGCGCGUGGAGGUUGAUUUGAACUUCAACGAACCUUUCUGAAACCGUCGUCCAUUCUGCCCAGCUUCUUUAACGGUAAGUGUUUAACAUUUGUAUCUCCUAAGUAUAAAUGAAACAUCUGUGUUUUUAAGACAGCAUUAGGAGGUGUUUCUCUUUAAAUGGGCGUGUUUUUUAUUGACGGGGGGCGUUGACAUUUUUACAACUCCGGGCUUUUUUCUGUUUUGCUACCGUUAGCAUGAUCGCUAAAUCAGAGACACUUACAUAUGACAAGCAGCUAGCUAAUCGCUUAAACCUUCUUCGGGUAGCAUUAGUUGAUGAUACACAAGUCACAAGCCACAAAUGACAAACUUACCAACUGCAACAGAGAUAAGAUAAUUGAUCAGUUUAUUUUGGGGAGGACGGUUACGACGAUGUUGUUUUGUCCGGAGGAUGUUGUCAGUGUGUUGCUAGCUAACGCUAACUAGAUAAUGCAUAGCUAGACUAGCAGCUAUGCAAGUUAAAACAGCUUGUAGAUUAAAUAUUCUUCAUUACACUUCAUUAUACAAGUAUUAAUUAUCUAACGUAUAAGGCAGCAAAACUCGUUGGUUUUGGCUCCUCGACACUACAGCGAUAAAUCAUAAUAACAACUAAAUAGGAAGCCUAUGUAUUGGACUGUCAAGUGCCAGUUUGUUUGGAGAUUGGCUAGCAUCUAGAUUCAGUAUUAAAUGCAUAGCCUAUAAUGCAGUUAUAUAUAGAGACAUAUAUGUAGAAUAGAAAGUCUGCUAGGCUCACAAACAUGUUAAUCUGUAGGCUAUAGGCUAGGCCUAAUUUUUGUGUUUCUGUAUUUGUGUUUUUUUUAGGAGACAUGGUUGACAGUUGGACCAUCCAAGAGGUCUGUUUGUGGCUGGAGCAGAGUACCUUAAGUGAAACAAAGCAAAUCUUCCAAGAUGAAGAAAUCGACGGAGAAACACUGUUGGGCUUGACAGAAACUAUGGUGGCGCGCCUCUUUCCCCGAUUAAAACAGCAAGUGAAAUUUAUAUCAGAAUUGGAAAAAUUAAAAAAUAGCCUUCCUCCAACGCGAAAUGACAAUCUUGCAGUACCCCCACCAACCCAAACUACUCUGACUCCAACCCCCACAACAACAGCCUGGCCUGCUUUAUAUACCCUCCCUGUAUUCAGCCCAGAGGUCAGAGAGGCACUAGUUAGAAAAGACCCUGCGUUUUACAAGAAAGACAAGUCACAUCUUCGCACAGCUCUGAUUACCCUCAUUUUUGAUGACAUGACACGUUAUACAUGGUAUCCAAGCCAUAAAAUGUACAGUGAUGUCCUGGGAGCACUUAUAACGCGGUAUCCAUUUCUCAGGGACGGAAGCCUCUCUGGAUUUGGAACCCUUUUGGAGUGCCUGAAAAACAAAUUCAAAAAAGAGCGCAGACCACUUGUACACAUGGACAAAGUCCUAGAAAUGAAGUUAAAAUAUGGACAAAAACAUCAGAACACAACAGCAGGGGUGACCAGACCAAGCCCCAAUAGGAAACGACAACUCUCAACCGAACCAAUGGAGGCGGAGGAUAGUCACAGUAUUGAUGAGCACUUCAAAGCCAUCUCACAAGAGCUACACAACAACAGACCUAAUUAUGAGAACAUCAAGUGGAGGAUGGAAAGGACACUGCAUGCACGAACUGAACUCUAUAAGACCUCUACAGCUCCAGAACUAUUACAGCAGUGUCCUUUCCUAAGGAUCCCUUGUCUGCUACUUCACGAAAUGAAGCUACGAUUUGGCCACGACUUGGACGUCGUGCUUAGCAGUUACCUGCACAAUGCUGCUGGAAAGAUCAUUGAGACCUGUAAAGGACCACUUAAGCAAUCAUUUACAGCUACAAUGUCGCAGGCAGACCCGCUGCAAUCAAAAUGUAUGCUGAACAAUGCUGCCGUGAUGCUCCUGCCGACACUGAUGAAAGAAAACAACAAAUUCCUGUACUGCAUCAAUGAGGAACCACCAGCACCGACGCCAACCAUGAUGAUCAGAUGUGAAACUUCUCCUUUGGCGGAAGUAAUGGUUUCCAUAAAGAUUGAUGGGGAAUUUGUCAUUGGCCCCUCCCCUGACAUUGAUGCCUCCUUAGGCCUUGCAUGUAUUUUUUGUUUGUAUUUUCUUUUUGAUGUUCAUUACCCUAAAGAGGCCCACCACACUUUGCUGUUCUUUGAGAGACGCUUCAACCUGUCUAAGUCUAUGUCUAAGCCCUCCACUCCAGUGUUGCGUGUAGAGAAAAUGUUGCAAUGAAUAUGUAAAUGAAUGUAAAUAUGUUUGUUAAAGCAAUUAAUAUGUGUAUUAAUUAAAUGUCAAAUUAAUGUAGAAAUACUGAAUACAGUACUUGAAUGAUAUUUUGACUGUUGUGUCAUUUUUAAUUUAUGUUGUCUAUUUGUAUUUAACAUUUUGUACACAUUAUAUGCUAUUUCUCAUUAAUUAGCACAAUCACUGAAUAUGAAUAAUGAUGAGCUAAUACAAGUAAUAAUACUACUACUACUGAUAAUAAUAAUAAUAACAAUAAGUAGUGGUAGUAAUAAAACACACCAGUAGUGGUAGUUAUGGUUCCAUUUAGAACCAUUAGAAUGUAAAAUAAUGGCACCCCUGAUGGUUCAUCUUAUAGAACCUUUGUAAAAGGUGCCAUUUGGAACCAUUUAGGGUGCCUUAUUUGUAUCAAAGGAUGGAACCUUUUUAGGUUCCAUGUGGAACCUUUUUUUCUAAGAGUGUAUUGUGAAGAUAUGUCAGCUCAAUUUAUUAUGUAUUUUGUCUCCUUGUCUAUCAAGACAACAGACACACAGACCACUGUCUCCAGUGCCCAGCUGUGUAUCCAUGAAGAGCGACUGGUCCAUGGAUCACCCUAACAGUUUCAGCAGUGGACCACAGUCUGAUCCAAAACAACAGAUACACAGACCAAUGUCUCCAGUGCCCAGCUAUGUAUCUAUGAGGAGUAACUGGUCCAUGGAUCACCCCAACAGUUUCAGCAGUGGACCACAGUCUGAUCCAAAACAACAGACACACAGACCAAUGUCUCCAGUGCCCAGCUAUGUAUCUAUGAGGAGUGACUGGUCCAUGGAUCACCCCAACAGUUUCAGCAGUGGACCACAGUCUGAUCCAAAGAACAUCCUGACCCACAUUCAGUCCAGGUGUGGAGUGUGUGAGCAGCUACUGAGGGACCCAGUCAUCACCAGCUGUGGACACAGUUUCUGCAGGCAGUGCAUCAGCAGCUACUGGAGCCAGUCAGGUCCAUCAGGAGACUACAGCUGCCCCCAGUGCAGAAAGAGACCCAAAGUACAACCCAUUAUAAACUCUGAAAUAAGUGUGGCACAAUCACUAUUGUACUCUUCAACAACCAUGGCGCAACCUCACCUAUACCCACCUACAGCUAUGGCGCAACCUCACCUAUACCCAUCUACAGCCAUGGCACAACCUCACCUAUACCCACCUACAGCCAUGGCACAACCUCACCUAUACCCACCUACAGCCAUGGCACAACCUCACCUAUACCCACCUACAGCUAUGGCGCAACCUCACCUAUACCCAUCUACAGCCAUGGCACAACCUCACCUAUACCCACCUACAGCCAUGGCACAACCUCACCUAUACCCAUCUACAGCCAUGGCACAACCUUCGUCAUACCAACACAGUGAAAUGGCACUUCAUCUGAACCCGUCUGCAAACAUGGCACAAGUUCCUCCAUCCCCACACACAGACACGGGGCAGCAUUCUCAGUACUCAAACUCAGCCAUGGGGCAGCAUAAUCAUUAUCCACACAUCCAGCACCCUCUUUAUCCACACAUCCACACGGCACAGAUCUCUCCACAGCCUCCUUUAGAUGAGCACACAGUCAUGACAGGCAGCACCCUUUUGCAAACUGAGCAUGCUCCAGUCAAAAGGGCCAAACUAACAGUGUAUUGCCCAACAGAUGACCAUGUCCUGACCAGAGUACUGAUGACCCAUAAAGCCAGCAUGAAGAGGAGGUUUGAGAGCAUAUGUGAAGGCAUCAUAAGGUCAGGGACACAAACACUCCUGAACAAGAUCUACACAGAACUCUACAUCACAGAGGGAGAGAGUGAAGGGGUGAAUAAUGAGCAUGAGGUUUGGCAGGUAGAGUCAGCAUCCAGGCCACAAACAACAGAAGACACAUCAAUCAACUGCAAUGACAUCUUCAAGCCCUUACCUGGACAAAAAAGACACAUCAAAACUGUGAUGACCAAGGGGAUUGCUGGCAUUGGAAAAACCGUUUCAGUGCAGAAGUUCAUCCUUGACUGGGCAGAGGGGAAAGCUAACCAUGAUGUAGAUUUCAUGUUUGUUCUUCCGUUCCGUGAGCUGAAUUUGGUCAAGCAUGAUCAGUACAGUCUUCACAGGCUCCUGCUUGACUUCCACCCUGAGCUUAGAGAGCUACAGGAUGGUGAAUACAAGGACUGCUGCAUUGUGUUCAUCUUUGAUGGUCUGGAUGAGAGUCGACUUCCACUGAAUUUCCAAAAGAAUCAAAAGUUGUCUGAUGUGACACAGACAUCAUCAGUGGAUGUGCUGAUGACGAGCCUCAUCCAGGGAACUCUGCUUUCCUCUGCUCUCCUCUGGAUAACCUCCCGACCAGCAGCAACCAGUCAGAUCCCUUCUCAGUGCAUCAGUCUGGUGACAGAAGUACGAGGGUUCAAUGACCCACAGAAGGAAGAGUACUUCAGGAAGAGGAUCAGUGACCAGAAUCAAGCCAACAGAAUCGUCUCACACAUUACAGCAACCAGGAGUCUCCACAUAAUGUGCCACAUGCCAGUGUUCUGUUGGAUCUCAGCCACUGUCCUUCAGCAGAUACUGGAACAGGAUGAUGGGAAGGAAGCCCCCAAAACACUGACUGAAAUGUUCAUACACUUCCUGCUUAUCCAGACCACUAAAAAGAACCAGAAGUAUCAAGAGGAAAAUGAGACAGAUAGACAGAGGCUCCUGGAUUCACACAAGGGUGUCAUAUUGAAACUGGCAGAGCUGGCUUUCAAGCAUCUGGAGAAUGGCAAUCUCAUGUUCUAUGAGGAAGACCUGAGAGAGUGUGGCAUUGAUGUGAGUGAAGCUUCAGUGUACUCUGGCAUGUGCACUGAGAUCUUCAGGGAGGAAUGUGUGUUUCAUCACAAGACAGUCUACUGCUUUGUCCAUCUGAGCAUCCAAGAGUUUCUUGCUGCAAUUCAUUUGUUUGCCUCCUUCUUGAGUAAGAACAUGGAGGUCCUGGAGCCAUUUCUUAGCAGGAAGUCCAAGUCUUUGCCAGAUGUGCCUCUAGAUGAGCUGCUGAAGAAUGCAGUGAACAAAGCUUUGGAAAGCAAGAAUGGACACCUUGAUUUGUUUGUCCGCUUCCUUCAUGGCAUUUCUUUGGUUUCAAAUCAGAGACUUUUGCUUGGCCUCCUGACACACACACACAGCAGCCCAGAGAGUGUGAAGAAAACAAUCAAGAACCUAAAGGUGAUGCAGAGGCAAAAUAUCUCCCCCGAGAGGUGCAUCAACCUGUUCCACUGUCUGGUGGAAAUGCAUGACUCUUCUGUUCAUGAUGAAAUCCAGGCUUUCCUGAAGGCAGAGAAAGGUGCCGUGAAACAGCUCUCACUGGCUCACUGCUCAGCCUUGGCUCAUGUGCUUCUGAUGUCUGAUGAGGUGCUGGAUGAGUUUGACCUGAACAAAUACAAAACCUCUCCAGAAGGUCGCAGGAGACUGGUUCCAGCCGUGAGAUGCUGCAGAAAGGCUCUGUGA